UUUUUUUAUUACGUGGUGGUGUCAGCAGAUGUCGCUGAUCCUGAAAGAUAGUUCCGGAGAUUUGUAGCUCGGAAUGCAGAAGCAGCACUUGGCUCAGUUUAAUGAGCAGUGGCUGAUAAAGUGAGGCGAAGGAAAUUUCAAGUGGCCGGCCAAACUGCCCAGCAGCAGCGGGGAACAUGUAACCCGGGAUUGAAGACGCAAACUUAUUGGCGACAGAGGACAGCCGCAACCACUAAAUGUUUUGCUUUGCCAAAGCCUUUCCGUUCCUUGACAGCGACAUAUCACAACGGCAGUGCAGCAGCUUUACCAACUCGACUCUUCCUUUUGGCGUUGGUGAAAAGUACCCUGAUCCUAGCCACCAGGAGUCUCCGCCCUUUCCCAUUGGAGGCAAAAAAGAGGAGCAGGAGUCCCCUCACGUGAAAGAAGAAGAAGAAGAAGAAGAGGAGGAGAAACCAGGGCCUCCUUACAUGAAGGAGGAAGAGCAAGAAGAGGACGUCACAAAGUUCCCAUGCCCUGGUAUCUCUCUCAAGACUGAAGAUGAAGAUGAAGGUCCCAGUGAGGCCAGAGGAGAGGCGGAGCCUCCCAGCAGCAGGAAGUCAAGUCAACACAUGACAACAGGAGCUGACAGACAAUCACCAGCAGAUGGACUCUUGGCGCCACUGUCAGAUAAUGACGACGCAAUGUCAAACUCUCCCCACGUUCAAGAUGAUGACAACGAUGAUGAUGAGGAAGAGUUCGAAGGUCAUGUGACAUGUCACACUGACAACAAACGCUGGGAAUGUUCUGAGUGUGGGAAAACAUAUGCUUAUAAGGGAAGUUUGAAACAACACAUGCGAACACACACUGGAGAGAAACCUUAUGCGUGCGCAGUUUGUGGUAAAAGAUUUUCAAAGGCGAGAAUCUUGAAACUACACACAAGAACACACACCGGAGAGAAACCUUUUGCAUGCACAGUCUGCGGUCAACGAUUUUCUCAGAAGGGAAGUUUAAGCAGUCACACCAGAAUACACACCGGAGAGAAACCUUUUGCAUGCUCCUUUUGCGCCAAAAGUUUCUCUCACAAGCGAAGCUUAACAACACACACGAGAACGCACACGGGAGAGAAACCGUUUCCCUGUUCGGUUUGUGGUAAAAGAUUUCCUGAGAAGGGAAGCUUAAAACGUCACACAAGAACACACACUAGAGAGAGAUCUUUUGGCUGCUCGGAUUGUGGUCAAAGGUUCUCUCAAAAGGAAGAUUUAAAACAACACACAAGGACACAUAUUGUUGAGAAACUUUAUACAUGCACAGUUUGUGGGAACAGUUUCUUUAAUAAAGGAAAUUUGACAACACACACCAGAAUACACGCGGGGGAGAGACCUUUUGCCUGAUGGGAUUCUGAGCAAACAUUCACUCGAAGAAACCAUUUGGGCACCCACACAAGAAUGCACACAUACACGCUUGAGAAAAUUUGGACCUGCUUAGUAUGAUAUCUUCUUAUAUUCUCCGGACGUUCUCCCAAACUUCCUGUAGACAAGUGCAGAGAAUGAGCACUCAUGGUGAAUCACUUCAUACUAAACAAAUGAAAUACACUUCAAAUAAGAGAAUGAUUGACACAAUAGGCGGUAUGAAAUUUGGACCCUUGGUGGCAAGAUGGAACGAUGUGAAUGUCAUCCUGAAUAAAAUACAACUCUUCA